UACAAAGGAGAGAAAGGAAACUUAAGAUCUUACUCAGCUGAGAUAUUUACCACUAUUGUUGUUGAGGUUACUGAUAUGUUACCACUUGCCACUACUGCUAUUGCCCUAUCAUGGUGAAGGUAUUUCGGAAGAGCAAAACAUGGUGACUGAAAUUUGCAUGGCCAUGCAAUUUUAGAUUCUAAUUCUCUAUCUAUGCAGCAUUAUUGAGUUAAGCAUCUUUAUCUUACGUUGUUUAAUUCCAUCUGCACUUCUAUUUCUGUCAUUUAUUCUUCUCCUCUAUAUGCUUUCCUCCCCUAGUUGCACCUACAUCUUAGCUUCAGCCUUUCGUCUUUAAAUUACAAUGCUUUACAUGCUCGCAUACACAUCCCAUCUUGAACAACAUCAACUCUUCGCAUUAGUUCUUCAACUUCACUGGAAGCCUUCAUUUCUUCAAGAGCAGGAAGAUAUAGUUCAAAAAAGCAAGUUAACAUCAUUUAACAAUACAGAAGCUCGAAGCAAGAUAAGCUGAAAGAUAUGAAAGAUCUCAUACAUCACACUUGGUUGGAGAAUGAAUGGCACGAAGAGUCAUUCUGAGAUCAACAUUCCACAAGGGGCUACCAAAGCCAAGCAGCAAGAAACAGGAAAGCAUGCUGGAAUUGGAGGAUUCUCCUAUAAGGCUUGGAUGUGGAAGGUGUGGGAAUUUGCCAGAGAAGAUAGCAACAGAGUGACAUUCUCGUUCAAAGUGGGGCUUUCUGUUCUUCUUGUGUCUUUGCUUAUACUAUGCCAAGCACCUUAUGCUAUAUUUGGCACCAAAAUCAUCUGGUCCAUCCUCACAGUGGUUGUCAUGUUUGAAUGUACAGUUGGUGCAACUUUCAAUCGAGGAUUCAACCGAGCACUUGGGAGCUUGCUUGCAGGGAUUUUGGCUAUUGCAGUUGCUCAGUUAGCUCUAUGUAGUGGCAGGAUUGCAGAGCCUACUAUAAUUGGAAUUAGCAUUUUCCUCAUUUUACAUCUAAAUGCAGGGACCAUCACAUCUUUUGUGAGAUUAUGGCCAUCCCUUGUGCCGUAUGAGUAUGGAUUCAGGGUCAUACUCUUUACAUACUGCUUGAUCAUAAUCUCUGGUUAUCGAAUGGGGAAUCCAAUUAGGACUGCAAUGGAUCGGCUAUACUCUAUUGCCAUUGGAGGGUUUGUAGGAGUUCUAGUGAAUGUGUUAGCUUUUCCUAUAUGGUCUGGAGAGCAAUUGCACAAUGAGCUAGUCAGCAGCUUUAACUCGGUCGCUGACUCUCUUGAAGAAUGUGUGAAGAAAUACUUAGACGAUGAUGGGUUAAAUCAUCCAGAAUUCUCCAAGACAAUAAUGGAUGAGUUUCCAGAUGAGCCUGCUUACAGGAAAUGUAAAGCUACCCUAAAUUCCUCUAUGAAACUCGAAUCCUUGGCUAAUUCAGCAAAAUGGGAGCCACCACAUGGCAGAUUUCAACACAUCUUCUAUCCAUGGUCAGAGUACGUUAAGGUUGGAGCAGUUCUACGAUACUGCGGUUAUGAGGUUAUGGCACUUCAUGGAGUCCUACACUUUGAGAUUCAGGCACCUCACAACCUCCGAGUUGCAUUCCAGUCAGAAAUUCAGGAUGCAGCAACCCAGGCUGCAGAACUGGUGAGGAACUUGGGCAAAGAUAUUAGUAACAUGAAGUGGAGCCUCAAAACCUCACUAUUAAAGAAGGUUCACAUCUCAACUGAGCGACUACAACAUGCCACAGACAUGCACUCUUAUCUCUUCAUAUCUAAUUCUGAGGCUAUUAACAACUCUUACAAACCAUUUCUCAAGCCGUCUCAUACACAUUCAACUACCCUGCAUGAUAUCUCAAAUCAAUUGCCCGAGCUUGAAGGCAAUUGCUUAGUAAAGAACUCAGAAGCACUGAACCAAUCUGCAUCUUCAGAGACUAUCCCACCAGGACAACUGGUGGAGUCUUACCAUGAAAUGAUGAGAAGGCAAUCAAGGAGGCUGCAUUCAUGGCCAUCAAGGGAAGUGGAUGCUUUUGAAGAAGAGGGAGGGCCCAGAAUGAGGACAUUAGAGAGCACCGCAGCACAGUCACUUGACACAUUCGCUUCCUUGCUUAUUGAGUUUGUUGCUCGGCUUGAUCGCUUGGUUGAAGCAGUUGAUGAGCUUUCAAAGAUGGCCAAAUUCAAGCAUGAGAAUUCAUAGAUGAAGAUGUCUGCAUAUACAGAGAUUGAUCUGAUAUUGAUUACAAGGAACUUGAUCACCUGAAAAUAAAGUUCAAAUGACAGAAAUUAAUCAAAGUUGUUAAAGAUUAAAGACAAUCUCAAUCAGGCAUAAUUAUUUGUUGGUCCGCAGGGAAGAUGAAAAGGAACUUGGGAUGGUGCCAAUACGCACUAUUUCUUUAUUACAGUUGCAGCUAAAAUAAGCUUGCGCAAGUUGGGUGGCAGAAAUGAUAAUUAGCUUCAUUGACCAUAAUUUCAUCCAGGAAAGAAAAUGUGAGGAAUUAGUCAACUUCCCAGUUUGGCUUGCCUACUGACUGGUCCAAGUUAGUUCUUCAGUUUUUUUUUUUUGGCAGAAAGAA